GGAGGCGUGUCAAAGGGUCUGAAGAGUUGCUGUUUUCUACCAGCCACACCCUGGGCUGAAUGAAUGCCCUAUGAAGGGAAGCUCCAGGCUCUCUCUCAAGCUUGCUGUCAUUGUCACCUGUUGUUUCUUAGCCUCAAAAGGUAGCUCCAGAUUGUGUACAAAAGGAAUAGGGGCUGCUGGCAUGGUGGCAUACAAAUUUAAUGCCAGUACUUACAGGCAAAGGCAGGUGGAUUUUUGUGAGUUCGAGGCCAGCCCGGUCUGCCUAAAGAGUUUCAGGUCAACUGGGCAUACACAGUGAGACCUCAUUUUAAAACAAACAAAAAGGAAGUAACUUGCCUGGUUGAUUUUCAGUUUAGAAACACAGAUACUUAGAAAAGCUGUGAUUUGGGCUACCCUUAACAUCUCCUUUCUGAUAAACAGCAGUGAUCUCUUUCAGGCUGGCAUUACCAUCAAGAAUAAUGCUCCACUCAGUAAGCAGCCAGACACUAUGUUGGAGAAACUACUACUUUGGCAUAGUUUUUGAUGAUGUCUUCUAGAAACUUUGUACGGAUGGUUUUACUACUCUCAUAACUUCUCACGUGAAGGCUGCGACUGGGUGUUUGCUUGAGAAUCACCAGGAUGUGAGGAAGUCCAAGUCAUAGACAGAGAAUCAAGAAGAGUUAAAGAUCCCAACAUGUGUUUUCUGGGAGAGAAAAAGAUGAUGUUCCCAGAGUAUCAGCACAUGUACCUCAUAAGAGAUGGAUGUUACCAGAGAGGUUCCUGGUGCGAACUGGCAAUACGGUCGUUCAGAAAGGAAAGCCUACAGGCAAAGGACACAGCACUGAAUUAAGAGAACACAAUUAAAUCUACAAGCAGUCCUGCUUUAUAUCAUUAGAAAAAGAGACGAGAAGAGGGAGCUGAUAGUGUGCAAACAGAGACGCAAGCUUCAGGCCUCUCUGCUGUGACUGCACAACCCACAGACUCCAAGAAGGAGGAGACACUUUCGUUGAAAUAAGAAUCAAGAGCCUUGGAGCUCUGAGGACUAUACUCCUCCCACCCUGGAACACAGGGAAACCCAAGCCUGGCCAUCAGGAAUAAUGAGAGUUCUCAGGCUCCCCCUAGUCCUCAUUACAUUUGUUUUUACACACAUUGAGCUUGACCUUUGGGAUGCUGCUGAGUCGCAGGAGUUAAAGGAACAACCCCUCCUACCUGGCCUGUUGGGCGGUAGCUUCCAAGGCCACUGCAAACAUGUGUCUGUGUGAACUUGAUCCAGAAACAGCCAGGCAAGGGACAAAGUUUAAUCCGAGGGAAUAGUCGGCUGCCUGUAGUUUCAGGCUGUCUGUCCAGACUCCAGCAUGCCGUUUUGGAAUCCUCUCUUGGAUCAAACCUCUGUCCCGGUAAUCCUCUGACUGCCAUCUCAGGACCUGGUUCACCCUCAUGGCACAAUGGCCAACCCUCAGGAGCACCUGAGCUGCUCCUCUUUGCCGCACUUGCCCUUGACUGAGAACAAAACCUCUGGUGGACGAAAUGAGCUUGCAGCUAUGGGGAACCACCCUUCACCCAAGCUCCCUGAGGAUCCUCAGGAGAGGGGGGCUGUACAGUCAGAGCUGAUGGAGAUCACAGGCAGCCCGAUCUCCACAACAGUGUUGACCAGUGUCAGCGAGGAUUCCAGGGGCCAGUUUGAGAACAGUGUUCUUCAGCUACGGGAACAGGAUGAUUCAGAAAUGACCAUGUCUCCGGGAAACAGCAACACUGUGGAUGGAGAAAACACGAACGGACCUGAAGACAUCAAGAUUCAGUUCAGCAGGUCAGGCAGCGGCAGCGGCGGGUUUCUAGAAGGACUGUUUGGAUGCCUCAGGCCCGUGUGGAAUAUCAUCGGGAAGGCAUAUUCCACUGACUACAAACUACAGCAGCAAGAUACUUGGGAAGUGCCAUUUGAGGAAAUCUCAGAGCUGCAGUGGCUGGGUAGUGGAGCCCAAGGAGCUGUCUUCCUGGGCAAAUUCCGAGCAGAGGAGGUGGCCAUCAAGAAGGUGAGAGAACAAAAUGAGACGGACAUCAAGCAUCUGAGGAAACUGAAGCACCCUAACAUCAUCGCCUUCAAGGGUGUUUGCACUCAGGCCCCGUGCUACUGCAUCAUCAUGGAGUAUUGUGCCCACGGGCAGCUAUACGAAGUCCUGAGAGCUGGCAGGAAGAUCACGCCCCGGCUGCUUGUGGACUGGUCCACAGGGAUCGCCAGUGGGAUGAAUUAUCUCCAUCUCCAUAAGAUCAUACAUCGUGACCUCAAGUCACCCAACGUUUUAGUGACUCACACAGAUGCAGUGAAAAUUUCAGACUUUGGCACAUCUAAGGAACUCAGUGAUAAAAGCACCAAGAUGUCCUUCGCUGGCACCGUUGCAUGGAUGGCACCAGAGGUGAUCCGGAAUGAGCCUGUCUCCGAGAAGGUGGACAUAUGGUCUUUUGGUGUGGUGCUUUGGGAGCUGCUGACAGGGGAGAUACCCUACAAGGAUGUGGACUCUUCUGCCAUCAUCUGGGGUGUCGGGAGCAACAGUUUGCAUCUCCCAGUUCCUUCCACGUGCCCAGAUGGAUUCAAGAUCCUUAUGAAACAGACGUGGCAGAGUAAGCCUCGCAACCGGCCUUCUUUCCGGCAGACGCUCAUGCAUCUGGACAUCGCGUCUGCAGAUGUGCUUGCCACCCCUCAAGAAACUUACUUUGAGUCUCAGGCUGAAUGGAGAGAAGAAGUGAAAAAACAUUUUGAGAAAAUCAAAAGUGAAGGGACCUGUAUACACCGAUUGGAUGAAGAACUGAUUCGCCGGCGCAGGGAAGAGCUCAGACAUGCUCUGGAUAUUCGGGAGCACUACGAGAGAAAGCUCGAACGCGCUAACAAUCUGUACAUGGAGCUGAGCGCCAUCAUGCUGCAGCUAGAGAUGCGGGAGAAGGAGCUCCUUAAGCGAGAGCAAGCAGUGGAAAAGAAGUACCCUGGAACCUACAAACGACACCCCGUGCGUCCAAUCAUCCACCCGAAUGCCAUGGAGAAGCUCAUGAAAAGGAAGGGUGUCCCUCACAAGGCCGGGGUGCAGACGAAGCGGCCAGACCUGUUGCGAUCUGAAGGCAUUCCUAGUACAGAAGUGGUUCCCACUGCAUCCCCUCUGUCUGGAAGUCCCAAAAUAUCCACCACAAGUAGCAGGAGCCGGUACCGAAGCAAACCUCGUCACCGCCGAGGGAACAGUAGAGGCAGCCAUAGCGACUUCUCAGCAAUCUUGAAAACCCAGCCCGCCCAGGAAAAUUUACCCCACCCCACCUACCUACACCACACUCAGGCCCAGUGUGCUUCUGUCCAUCAACAUAAUCCUCUCCAGCAGCAAUACCAGCAACUCCCUCCUGCCCUGCCUCAGAGCCACCAUUCCAGACUCAAUGCACAUGGGCAGGACAUUGCAGCCUGCGCCAAUAACCUGAGGUACUUUGGCCCAGCAGCAGCCCUGCGGAGUCCACUCAGCAACCAUGCUCAAAGACAGAUGCCUGGCUCUAGCCCCGACCUCAUCUCCACGGCCAUGGCAGCAGAUUGCUGGAGAAAUUCUGAACUUGACCAAGACCAAAUUGGACCCUGGGGCUGUUGUCAGACUGAACCCUAUGAUCCCUGUUUCCAGAGCAGGCCAGAACAUUCUGGGUCUUUAGAUGUUCCCACUUCUGAGCCCGUGGGGAGGAGCCCAGACCGGUCCAGUUCACCAGCACACAAUCCUCUUUCAGGAAAUGCCCAAGGCUCUGAGAGAAUGGAGGCAAAUGGAUUCAAUGGCUGUCAGUCUGAUAUUUCUCAUCAAUUCACACCCCCAAUGCUACCUCAGAAGACACGGCCCCUUCAGAAGAGUGGAGAUGACUCCUCAGAAGAGGAAGGGGAAGUGGACAGUGAAGUAGAAUUUCCUCGACGACAGAGGCCUCACCGCUGCAUUAGCAGUUACCAGUCAUACUCAACCUUUAGCUCCGAGAACUUCUCUGUGUCUGAUGGAGAGGAGGGCAACACUAGUGACCACUCGAACAGUCCCGAUGAGUCCGCCAACAGACGGCAGGACCGCCUGGCAGAGACACUGGACGACCUGCUGUCCCAGACACCCGAGGCCCCCAUCGAGAUCUCCUCCCACUCAGACGGGCUGUCUGACAAGGAGUGUGCUGUCCGGCGCGUGAAGACACAGAUGUCCCUGGGCAAGCUGUGUGCCGAGGAGCGCGGCUACGAGAACCCCGUGCAGUUUGGAGACUCGGACUGUGACUCUUCGGAGGGAGAGUGUUCCGAUGCCACAGUUAGGACCAGCAAGAACUACAGCUCUGCCACCUGGUGACAAGGGCUCUCGACUCCUCUCCAGCAAUAGACUCCUCCCUCCUUCAUCUGUCUGGGAGGAGUGGCCCAGUCCCAGAAACAAGCCACAGCAACAGGAACCUGAGACUUGUCAAAUCUCUGGGAAAUACCCAAAUGAAACUACGUCUCACUGAGCAUUUCAAUCAAGAAUGGCAGGGAUCUAUUGUACUGAAUACUCCAGCUACUGUAACAUUGAUAUUUAUUUUUGUUGGACAUUUUAACACUUUGUAUUGUAAAGAGUGAACUAUAUAUGAUACAGACACAACAAUUUCUUUACAAAGAAAUAAGGAAAUGUUGCUCUCUAGGAACAACAUUUGGAAUUUGUGGGGCCAGGUGUCACUUAUCACUUGAACACGGGACCGGAUCUUUUGUCCAUGCUUGAAGAGUCGUAAGAAGACGUGUUGAGCAUUGAAAAUACAAGCCAAAGGAAACGCAGCCACCUUAGGGUCAACUGGCUUGUCCAUGCGAAGGAUGGAACCAACCUGGAAGUUGAGUGACCUCAUAACAUCAACGCCUUGGAGGGCAUGUGCUUCCUUCCUCUCAGAGGAAGAUCCACACAGAGCUAUAACUGCACAUCUGGAAGCCAUUUUGUUUCUUGAACGUUAAGCAGAACCUAGUAGUAAGAGCUUUAGCGGCAUCAGGUCCCGCCCUCAGCACAUGCUUCCCGUUCAGUGCCGCCAUUUUCACGCCCCCGACCAGCAAGCUCUUCCAGUUGCAGUGCCAUUUCUCCCAGGUAGCUUCCUUUCUUUCCACCUUUUGGCCACUACUUCUGGGAAGGGGAAAGGAUCCUGAAGGGGAUAGAGGGGUAAGAUGAAAAGAGCAUCCGUGACACAAGCCUGUAAAAAUUCCUUCUCGAGAUGGCUCUGUUCGGCUGUAUAAGCAAGACGAUGCAACCCCUCUCUGACCAGGUUGUCUACCUCCCGGAAUCACACCGAUUCACACAGAAGGCAGCUAGGAUGUGUGUAUCCAGUGUCCCAUCCCAAACCAUCUUUGUUUUGUUCAUGAUCUCAUUCUAGCUCGGAAGCUUUGGUGGCUGUCUGUCAAUCACUGUAGCAUAAAAAGCUAAGUUAGCAGCUUGUAAAAGAUCACCUUCCCCUCACCGCAUUUUUGUUAAAUGCUAUCUGUAAAAUAUGGUAGGGUUUUUUGUUUGUUUUUUGUUUUUUGUUUUUUGCUUUCAUUCUGAAUCACUGUGGUUUUAUUUAGUUGGGUUAGGAAAUUUGUAGAAGGAACAGCUAAUGCUAAGCAGGAAUUAGAAUUUCUUUAGUUUCCCCAAAGCAUGUAAUUCUUCCUGUGUCUAGAGUCCUAGGCUAUGAAAGGGACCCCAAGGUGCUUUGUGGAGCCUUGGCUUGAAGCAGGAAAUGUCUCACAGUCCCCUGAGGACUAGGUCACAGGUGGACACCACCAUGCCUGGCUUAAAGGUGUUUCAUCUAGAAUUUAUGUACACACACACAUUGGCCCGAUUCCUGUCUCCAGUGUAGGCUUCUGCCAAGCAUUGCCCUGCACUGGCUGGAUUCUGAUGUUGCAUCCUGUAAGGAUGUUAGGUAUUAAGAUAUUCCAACCCUGGUGGAAACAGUGCCCCUGGGCCGGGUGUCACUCACUGACUGCGUCAGCCAAAACGAAGUGCAGGAGGGACUCAGAGCCAGUUUUAAUGUUUGAUCCCUCCUUUGUUUACACUUUAUGUUGAGACAUUGGUUUUAAAAUUUAGUCUAUAAUUUUUAGUUCAUAGGAAAGAUGAAGGAACAUGUACUAAGAAGGCAGUAUUGUUUUGUUAAAUUAUUCCAUUUUGUAUGAACUGUAGCAGGACUACACAGAAGAGCUUAAGUUAUGGCAUUAUUAUUCUUGUUUUUAUUUUAUAUUGUCAUAAUAUUCUGUUGACCAGAAGGUGUGGCUUAUGAUGUAGCACAAUGACUGUUUAUUGCUAACCGUGAAUUAUUAUGGACUUCUGUGGUCCUAAGUGAAAGCUAGGGAUGGAGCUACCCUUUGGCGCUCCCAGCAUUCCUCAGUGUUUUCCCUGGUCUCCUGAAUACUGCAGCAAUGGUCUGAGGAGAUGUGCUCUGCCCUGACACCCAACAGGUACACUGUGAUUUUUUUUUUUUUACUUGAUUGUAAAAGCUCCUGAAUAUACAGAUGACCAAGUAGAUGAACAAGUAGUUUAAAGGCUUCAAAAGUUAUAAACUUUCUAAAGUGUCUUAGAAUAAAAUCAUGGGACUGUAAAAGAGGCAAAAAGAGAUUGAAUGGUCAGAUGGCAUGACAGCGUUUCUGUGAGGACUCAUGAGGUAAUUUCAAGAGUGGACAGCAAACUGGAUCAUCGUCUCCUUCCUUGUGAGUCCCAUAGAUUAGGAAGAGCAGAGAGGCCAACAGAGACAUGUGCAACCUCAACAGGAUGUGCUUCUGUGACCUCCUCAGGUCCCUUGUUCCUUAGAUUAGGACUCUUCCUGUCCCACACAAAGCAGGAGCAGCUGUCUGUCCCAUGCACACCGUUAGUGAUAACAGUGAGCUCUGAAGAGCAGCUUCUGCCUGCACCUCCUAGCAAACCCACCCAGUACCUCAGUCUUCAUCAGCAUUCUGCAUUCCCACCCUGCCUGUGUGGCACACUAAGGCCACCUUAACUGGAUUCACUGUUAUGGGAUGCCACAAUAUGCCAGGGAUGUGGCGUUGACUCCAGUCAUUCACUGUAGCAUCAAGAAGGGAGUGAAGCCCACACUUCUGUGGUAGGAUUAACGAGGUUUCAGGGGGAAAAUGAUUCUAAGCAAGGUUAAAAGGGAAGUCUCUAUCCCACCUGCCCUGUAGGAUCCAGAAAACGCAAACUGACUGUGUCUCCUCGAGAACAUUAUCGUUAUCAGAAUAAGCUCGAGUGGAGAGAUCAGGGAACGCAGGAGUCAAUUCUUCAGUGCUGUUAGAUGCUGCCAUGCUUUGGUGCUUUGAGAAUCCUUGCCAGACCGAUUUCAAGCUUCAGCACUUACUGCAAGAUGAAUGGCCAGCUUUUUUUUUUUUUUUUUUUUUUUUUUUUUUGACUGACUACUAAGAUGAGUUUCAUUUUCUAUUGCAAUCAAGCACUGGAUUUUUCUCUUUUUUUCUAGAUUAUGUCCCUAAGUAAAAAUCCCUCUUAAAGUAAUAGCCUAGCACAGUAAUGGAGAAGCCUGUGUGCACUUUAAAACAUACCCCACCACCACCACCACUAAGUCCAGAGGUAGCUGCAGGACUGGGGAAGAUUCUGCCCAGGACAAUGAAGAUGAUGUUUUAAGGUGACUUGGGUGGCCUGCUUGAAGAUUGAGUAUUUUAAGCCUUGAGUUCCACCAAGUUAAUCCUGGAAUUAAAGUCAUUUUGAGUCAGUACUGUCUAGUGAUUAUUCAGGGCCAUUGUGCUAAAUUAUUCCCCUAGUCUGCUCUGAGUGAUGGCGUUCCUUGUUACUAACACAGGCUUGUCAGAGCUCCCAGGAGGUAGCCCUGACAUCCUCCCGUGCUUCCAUGUGUUCCUGUUGAUCCAGUGGUUUACUGUUUUUUUUUUCCCUAUGUCCUUAUGUCUCAAAUGUUUUUAAUUAUAUAUUUUUUAAUUCUCAGAGUUUCAUCCACAUAAACAAUGAUCUAUGAUCAUAUUCAAUCCAUACCCCUCUAUAUCCCACCUAAACCAUCCUCCUCCCAACUUCAGACUUUUGCAUUGUUGUUUUGGUAAUUCAUUUAGCCCAGUUAGUGCCACCCAGGUAUCAUAUGGCCAUCUACUGGAUCAAGGGACACAAACAGCAGACCACUUCCACAGAAGGGUGAUUGAGAAUCCCCAGUAGCUGUUAACUGCCAAUAACUCCUCAAUAAGAAUAGGGCCCAGAGAUCUCUCUGGAGAUCUCCUUCCCACAUCAGAUUUUCUUUUUAAAAAAUAUUUCUAGCUGGGUGUGGUGGCACAUACCUUUAAUCCUAGUUCUAGGAGAGGCAGGGACAGGCAGACUCUGUGACUUCAAGGCUAGCCUGGUCUACAUACAAGCCAGGCAGAGCAACUUGGUGAGACCCUGUCUUGAUGAUAAUAAUAAUAAUAAUAUCUAAGAGAUUCCCGCCCUGCCCCACGUAUACCAUGUUUUUUUCUCGAAACCAAAAUACCACAUUCCACCAUGCUCCACCUCUACCCUGAACAACAUGGCCUGCAUCUGAGCACCAUAUUGCUCUUGGCUGAUCCUUGCUACAGCCUUAGAGCAGAAAAUCACCCACAACUUACUGGAAUUGGUGUGCAAAGUAUGCAUUGGCCAUUUGAGAUCUUGAGUUCCCUGAUGGGCAAGUACAGGACCAUGCCAGGGAUCCAUAAGGAUAUGGAUCUCCAAGGCCAGCGGGGGUAUGCCAUGACAGGCAAAGGGCCACUUGCCUUUAUUCUGUACCUUUGGACUGCAGU